CUGAAAAUUAUGACACCUUGUAUCGCAUUUUUUCCAAAUAGACAAAAAACUACAAUUACAGUGAGGCGCGAGGAACAGGUUUAGUAACAGUGCCUUAUCUUAAAGCAACAACCACGGUUGAGUGAGGUUGGAAGCAGGGAGUAGCAGGACUUGAGGCCUGGAUUUGGCAGCUGGAAGGCAGCGUGGCAUCCCUCUCCUCCUCUCAUGUCCCCUCCCUGUGUGUCCUUGCAUGUCAGUGCCCCCUCGUCAUCCCCCCUUUGUCUCACCCCUCCAGCCCACUGUGUUCCUCUCCCUCAUGCUUGGGACAGUCUGGCCUCACCGUCAGACCAAUGACUGCCUGGAUCAUACUGCCUGUCAGCCUGGCUGCCUUCUCUAUCACUGGGAUAUGGAUAGUAUAUGCUAUGGCUGUAAUGAACCACCAUGUAUGUCCUGUUGAAAACUGGUCAUACAAUGUGACCUGCACAGAGGAAACAGCUAAGCCGGGCUUCCAGAAAACAUGCUGCACCAUUCAAGACAUCCCCCUCAUUAGUAAAUGUGGAUCUUACCCUCCCGAGAGCUGUCUGUUCAGUCUCAUUGGUAAUGUGGGAGCUUUUAUGGUGGUGUUGGUGUGUUUGCUACGGUAUGCUCAGAUCAUCGAGCACAGGAACCAUUGCUGGCUCAACACCAGCGGACUUGUGUCUGGAUGUACCAAUGCUGUGGGACUAGUCAUGGUGGGCAACUUCCAGGUGGACCAUGCAAAAACACUUCACUACGUAGGUGCGGGUGCUGCCUUCCCAGCAGGCAUUCUGUUUGUGUGUUUGCAAUGUUUGCUGACCUACCGGGUGGCUGUCACCGCUCUGGACUACUGGAUGGCUCAUGUGCGUGUGGCACUGGCUACUGGUGCUCUCAUCACACUGGUUCUUAGUGGGAUAUUCUUCAUCCACGAGAGCUUCGUUUUACAACAUGCAGCGGCCAUCUGUGAGUGGGUCUUCACUGUAAUCAUCCUCGUGUUCUACGGGACUUUCACCUACGAGUUCGGCACGGUCACAACCGAGACCAUGAUGGCCGGCCUCCAGCGGAACCUCUCGCACGGGCCGGGCGUCAUGAUCGGAGAUGACGUCCAAGCAGGCGCCCUGGGAAGCAGCAAGGGUUUGAAAUCUCCAGGAGGAAGCAGCACCUCCACUCAUAUGAACUGCACUCCUGAGAACAUCGCAAUGCUUUAAACACAUCGACACAAACGCAGUCACCACAUACUGCCAGAUGGGAUGCCUCACGAUGGUGCUCCCUACAUUAAAAACCACGCUUGGGCUGACAUUAAAGUGAUUUAGAGGAACCGUCCAGUCUGAGUCAAGGCAGGUUAAGAGUUGAUCGGGUUUACAUGUGUGACUGUUGUGUAUUACCAUUUCAGAUUUGAGUUUCGUCUUGAUAGAUUUGUCUUUUUUCGUCCUGUUUUGACUCGCGAGAAGCUUCUGUUGGGGUGUAUGUGGACGAGAAUGAGCAUUAUUCAGAAGGGGGAUUUUCGCUCCACUUUAAGGUUAUUGUUAGCACAGAUCCAUUGGUUUGUCAGGUUACUUUGCUGUUGCUUGAACUGUUGCACUGGGUGAUGGGGUCAAUUUUUACUGUCACGUUUGCACAAAUGUUUCAGGGCUAUCUCUCUUUUAGAGCUUGCUAUUGUUUGCCCACCCUUACUGUUGCAAAUGGAUGAUUUGCACGUAACACAAUGAAUGAACUUUUAAGUUCUUUUCACUUUUAUUUGGUAUUGCAGACUAUCAGGAACCAAGUAUUAUUAUCAUCAUUUUUGAAAUCGUGAAUGUUUAAGAUAUGGAUCGAACUAUAGUCUUUUGAGCACAUGUUAUUUUGGAAUUAGUAGAACAAUGCAUUUCAAUUUAAAUCUAAUUUGUUAAAUGAAGUCAUAUUCACCCAUUUUUGUAAUGGUGGCCUUUUUAAUGAUGCAGUGGGGUAGAUAAAUGUUUUGUCAUGCUGGGUUGCUUUUGUCCUGUUUCAUUCCUGUUUUUAUUCUCUGACGAGGUGGGUUGUUUUUCAUUUUGAGCAAGAGGAAGUGAUGUAAGGUGACACCAGCUCUAACCUUGCCUUCCUGAUCAGUUGAGUUGUAGAAUAAGUAUAUUCGCAUUGACAGUAUGUUUUAUAUAGCCUAUAUAUAUUUUUAAAAUCAAAUUUCUUUAUAUAUUUUUUCUUUGUCAAGGGUCAUGAAAACCACUCCAAAAAAUGCCACAUCCAUUCAGCGCUUUACGUUGUGAUUUUUGCUUACAUAUAUUUGCUGAUUGUUUUGUGAAUCACAGUGGCAUAACUAAUCAAACUGGUGUGAAAAGUGAUAUUAUACAUUAUCAGCACAUCAGGUUUUGUUUUCCUCUGUUGCCAAAGGAUUCAUUUUAUUUUGCUAAAUAUGUACCAUAUGCCUUUUUAUUCAUUUAACCUUCACUGUUUUUGUGUAGCCAGACACAUAGCCACUAAGAAAAUGACAGUAAUGCAAUAUCACAUUUUGAAGCGAUUAUAUGAAUGAAAUCAACUGGUCUCCAGGCUGGAACCUAGGAAACCAUGUUUGAACUUUCUGAGGGUUGAGUGGUUAUGGUGGCCUUAAUGUUACUGUAGUAUUUGUGUGAUGUUUCCAAUUCAGACUGUCAAUCAAAGGGUCUGUAUUGUUUUUACAGUGACUCCAGAUUUAUUGUGCUUUAACAUUUAAAUUUCACACAGAAAUGUGCCAGUUUGUUUGCUGCCCUUCAAUGGGACAGAUAAGUUUCAUGCCAAUGAUUAGACUGUAAAUUUAGAUGUGGUCUCUAGGCGUCAUACAUGUUUAUCUCUGUUGACUCUAUUAUUGGAGAGCUAUUUGAAAUAUUGUUUCUCGCUCUUCUCAUGCAAGGGAAGAUUCGCAGGGCUGCUCUGUACAACUGAAACCAUCCAUUAAAUAUCAUUUUGAAAGAUUAAUUUUUUUUCAUUGCUACGUUCACAAUUUAUUUUGUCAUUUCACAAUUUACUCAAACCAAACUGCAUAUAGAGGUAGUUACGUAACGGGUCAAACGUAAUUUAAACAAAAACAAAAGGGCAUACAUUCUAGGGUAAUGUAAAGCAUGUUUAUAUGAGCUUAUGAACCUAAAGUGAAUGUUGAUGUCAUUUUUCAUUGCCUUUUUUUGCCAUAUCAUUUGGUAUAAAUUACAUGCAAUACUUGUCAGUGCAUAUAGUGCAUAAUAUAUUAUCUGAAUAAUAGGUCAGUCAUUUAUAGGUCACCUAAGAGCAAAAGAUGUGUAAGAAUUGUUUGUUUCUUAGACUUGGUCAAAUACUUUAAAAUCACAUGGGGAAAAUUGUUGGAUAUUUUCAUUUAAUUUUGUUGCCAACUUUUGCUUGUGCUUGUGAGACGUUUGUAAGAGCCUACACAUAUUGUUUCCUUAUAUAGAGGAUUGAGGACCCCCACACUUAAAUCUGAGGACUAUCUGAAUCUCCUCAUGAAAAUGAUUGAAAUAUAAUGUGUUUUUGGUCGAUGAUGUUUAUUUCUUGGAUGUUUCAUGAAUUGCAGCUGUUCUCUAGAUAGAAGUUAUUUUUCUGAUGCCUUUAAAUGAUGUAAUAAAAGUAUUUUUUAUCAACA